AUGGAAAUUUGGACUGAUGAUUACCUCCGGAUCCUCCAUGAACGAGAGGCUCCACCAGCAGAUAAAUCAUGCUGCCUGUGCAGUGCUGAGUCAACUGUGUAUAGGUGCCACGACUGUCUCGGCGAACCAUUAUUUUGUUUGAAGUGCUGCAGAGAUGAGCACCGGAGACUGCCCUUCCAUAAGAUAGGGAAAUGGAAUGGAGGAUUUUUUGAGGAAACAUCUCUGACUAAGAUGGGCAUGGAAAUUUAUUUGGGGCAUCAGGGAAAGCCUUGUCCAGUACUUGGGGAAAUCCACGAAUGGGAGGACACCAACGAGCCAAUACAUCAACCGGAAGAGGACCUCCCUACCAUACUCGAACUUCCAUUCUUGAACGGCAAGCAAUGCAUAACCAUUGUUGACAAGUCCGGAGUACAUUCGCUCAUGAUACGGUUUUGUCAGUGUCUGAAUGCUUGUACCACCGACAAGCAAUUAUUUGAGAUGGGCAUGUUUCCGGCAUCCUUCACCCGGCCAAAGACCGCAUUUACCUUUCUGGUGCUGGAUGGUUUCACCUUGGACAACUUGGAAUGCGGAACUUCGGCAAUGAAUUACUACAACAAGUUGAGAAGAAUGACGUCAAGUAUAUUUCCGCAACUAGUCCCUGACCGUUACAGAGAACUGAUGAGGGUAGCACAGCAAUGGCGACAGCUGAAGCUGCUCAAAUGGAAUGGGUUUGGUGAACUCGCUCUCUUUUGCCCGGCUUGCCCUCAGCCCGGCAUUAACGCCCCACUACCGGCCAAUAGGCACCCCGAUGAUCCCAGUUGGCUAUAUGCCCGAUCGCUGGUCAUGGAUGGCAACUUCAAAGCAGAGCACCUUCAUCCUACUCACCCGGAAGAUGAAGUCUGGUUGACUGAUGGCCAGUGCUUCAUGGUUUCCAAAGACCGAUAUAAGGCUCAUCUAGCCAUUGCCAAAGACAUUGUUCAACCAUCCGAGUGCAACAAUCACCGAGCUGUAAACCAGGCCAAUGCGUCACGACACAAACUAGAAGCUACCGGGAUAGGCAGGUGUGCGUGUGCCCGCCACGGCUGUUUUGUACCUCAUUCAGUUGUGGAUUUUCAAAAGGGCGAACGGCAAAUGAAUAUGGACUACGCCCUAUGUAACGCGUUAAGCCACCGCACAAAUGGGCUUAGUCAAGCUUUGACAUUUUAUGACAUUAAUUGUCAGUAUAACAAGCACUUCCGGCGUCGGGUGAACGAGAGCCUCUAUUUGAGCCUCCCUUCUGGAAUGGAGAUCAUACCGGGAAUUGGCCUCUGGCAUGUUCAUGGACACCAAGACAAAUGCUAUGUUCGGUACGCAUCAACGUUUAUCACCGGGGCUGCUAGGAUCGACGGAGAAAUCAUGGAGAUGUUGUGGGCGCCUCUGAAUAUCAUUUCUCCCGCCGCGAGAGGGAUGUCGACUCCCCAUCAGCAAGAGUGUCUUGAUUACCAGAUGAAUGACUCUAAUUUUAUGAAGAUGAUUCGCAUGAGCAGUUUUCUUUGCCGGAAAUAUAAGGAAGCUAUGAAGGGCGUCGCAGAAAGUGCCUCUGCUUUUGACAAGCUCAACGAAACCGCCGAUCCUAUCAUGAUUGCAACAUGGGAAGAACAAGACCAAUAUGCACAUUCAUGUCGAGUCGCUGAUCCAUCAGCGAUGGAUGUAUUUGAAGUUCAGUUAAAGAGGGGCCGAUUGGGUGGGAAUCUGCAACGAGGUGCUGCUACAUGGAUUGCAUCCGGCAUUACCAUAGAAGAGAUGCAGAUUGCGCUGACUAUGGAUACUAGGAGGCUUGGCAGACACCCCACGGAAACCCAAACCUUGGAUAUAUGCAGACGUCGGACAAAAUUGCAAAGUCGGAUAGAUGAGUUUACAAUGGUGGCAGCGACACAUCUCGGCGAGGGCUUUGACAUUGAUGAUGAAAUCAGAGAUCUUCACUUGGACUUCAUGGAUGACGAUUCAGAAGAUGAAGGGAUUAAUGGCAGUGAUACAGAAUCUGAACCCGAAGCACAUGGACGUCGGCUGCGGGAUCUCUUCUACCCCGAGAAGACCGUGAUACCUCUGCCAUCUAAUUUCGGCGUAGCACGCUGUGCGGAGCUGGGAGUUGAACACCUCAUUGGUCAGGAAAUUGCACUUCGGGAAGGUCAGGCCAACGAUGCCUUGCAAGCGAUCAGAAUGCAUCUAGCGGAUAAGGCUGUGCUCUUUCGUACCGCCGUGCAUCCGGCGAAAUCACAAGCCAAGUCAACGAGGGCAUGGACGCAGGUUCAUUCGGUUGAAAGGGUCAUCCAACUCAACACGAUGAUUUAUAUGAAAUGUCGGGCACAACUAGGAAACCUAGACGCUCAUGGCCUACUUAAGAAGUAUCUCCGGAUGGAAAAGUGCCAUCUCAAAACCACUGCUGCCGUGUGUUACAGGGAUCUGUAA